GAUUUCGAAUCUUUCCUGGAUAGUGACCUCGAGCAAAAUUCGGUGAUUGCUAUCUAGGACCAAUAUUUCUUGGGGGUCAUUAUCUUGAUGAUAUCUACAGUCUUUUGUUUAUGUUUUUAUGGUCAUAGCCUACGGGUUUGGACUUAACACGCCGCAAAGGUGAAUACAUACCGGGUUAAAACGGGGGGCACUCACUAGGAAAGAUGCGGAAUUUCUUCUUCCAAGGCUGGCCUAUUAGUGACUGGUAACAUAUCAUCACAACUUGGGAGAGAUGACAAGUUUUGGCAUCUAGAGAUGGGGUCACUUCACCUGGUUACACUCGUGGUGGUGCUGGCGACUGGUUAUAGUAUGGCAACAGUGUUUCCACGUCCAAGUAAAGACGAAAAUGAUUCUGAAUACUGGCUCAAGUUGGGAAGAGAAGAAAUUGAGGAGGCACUGCUGAAACCUGAGCUUACUAAUGUCGCUAAAAAUGUCAUACUCUUUCUGGGAGAUGGCAUGGGCAUCACUGUUAAUACGGCUGGUCGCAUCUACAAGGGCCAAAAACAAGGGUACUCGGGAGAAGAAGGACAUCUCGUCUGGGAGAAGUUCCCCAACCUUGGCCUUAUAAAGACUUACGACUUGAGCCAGCAAGUGCCUGACAGCGGAUCCACAGCCACAGCAUUUCUUUGUGGAGUCAAGGCUAACUUUAAAACAAUUGGAGUUAAUGGUCACGUUAAGUUCUGUGACUGUCAGGCGUCUCUCCAAGAAGAAAACAGACUUACCAGCAUUGUACAAUGGGCUCAAGAGGCCAGAAAAGAUACAGGUUUUGUAACAACAACACAAGUCACCCAUGCAACUUUGGCAGCUGCGUAUGCGAAGUCAGCCAGCAGGAGAUGGCAAUGCGACCAAAAAAUGAAGAAAUUUGGCCAGGGUGCUUCUGCGUGCAAGGACAUCGCUCGACAACUGGUUGAAGAUGUACCAGGCAAGCAUAUCAAGGUUGUGAUGGGAGGAGGACGCCAGGAAAUGGGAGCGCCUAAGAGAGACAACAUCGAGGAUAACUGCAAGAGGACUGAUGGCAGGAAUUUAGUCAGAGAUUGGAUUAGUCAUAAGGAAGAAAAUGGCAAGAGCUAUGCCUAUGUUACAACUACCAGGGAAUUACGUUCUGUUGAUACCAGCAGAACUGAAUAUAUCCUGGGCUUGUUCGAUGAAAUUCAUUUGCCAUACGAGACUGACAGAGACACCAGUUUGGACGGCUGUCCUCACAUCAAAGAAAUGGUUAAGGUUGCUAUUAACCGACUCAAAAAGAGUGAUGAUGGAUUCUUCCUUUUUGUUGAAGGAGGCAGGAUUGACAGUGCUCUACAUAUCACUUCACCGAAGAGAGCUCUUGAAGAGUUACUUGCAUUUGAGGAAGCGGUGGAACUGGCACUGACAAUGGUGAACACGGAAGAAACUCUGGUCAUUGUCACGGCAGAUCACUCACAUGUCAUGACCAUGAAUGGGUACCCGCCAAGAGGAAAUGACAUUCUAGGUGUUGUUACAGAAAGCGAACAAAUAUCAGACGGUCUACCAUUCACAACACUGACCUUUGCAAACGGUCAUGGAUUCAAUUACUCCUUUAAUGGGAAUGAGGUUGUCAGACCAAACCUUACAGGUGUGGACACAACAGAUAAGGACUUCGUCUCCCUGGCUGCUAUGCCAACGUAUUAUGACUCAGAGACACACGGUGGUGAGGAUGUGGCCGCUUUUGCAGUAGGCCCCUGGGCUCACCUCUUCCACCGCGUUCACGAGCAGACCCACGUAGCCCAUGUUAUGGCAUACGCCAGCUGCACUGGGCCUUACAAGGACUGCCGUCGUCAUGCAGAAAGGCCCUUCAAUGAAUACAAGAUUCUCGAAGACCAAGUGAAGAAACUUCCAAAAAGGGGUUCUUCUAGUGGUACAGGCCUCUUGAAUGGCAACACUUUCAUUUUCAUGGUUGUUGUGCAAAUCCUUUUUGUCUGGAAAAUGGCUUCCAUUCACUAAGGAUUCAACAGUACCAAUGUUCAGUGUUAAAACUUAUCAUUAAUACUAUUUGAGUCAAAAAUCUUCAUUCUCGUGGGACUUGGCUAAAGGGUCCAUCCUUAAUGAUCUCACCCCAUGUACAAACAAAAUUUCAUCUUGCUUUUUGAGCUUGCUUGUACUGCAACAGAUGCAUCACAAUAAUGUACUUCAAAAUACUUCUAGAUGAUAUGAAAGAAAGUCUCUACAAAGAAUAUUCUAGAACCACCCUGGUGUAGGCCUAUGUUCUGAUUUGGAUAAAGCUAGAUUCAAGUUUGGCCUUUUCAAACAAAGGCAUUUAGAAAUGAGGGUACCAUAUUUUAUGCUGUUAAUAAAACUAGCUAUUUUAGUAUCACUGAAUGUUCAUUGUAAUGCUUUUUAAGAUUCAAAUAUAAAUGCAUCCAUAUCUACCCCAAUGAUGCAAAUAUACCUAAGCGGCAUGA